CGUUCAGCAAACGUGUAGCUUCCUUCCCUCUGUUCACUUUACAGUUUCCAAUUCAAUCUCACUUUACAUUUUACCAAUUCCAACCAUCAAAAUCUUAAUCAAUUCUUACAGAGAAAAACAAUGAUGGGUUUUUCAACGUUGGUAACAUCAGGGCCAAACCUCUUCCUUCCCAAGAAACCCCAGAACUUUAAUUUCCCAAUUCGCUGCCUUUCUUCACCGUCUGUAUCAGCUUCAAGGCAAUCAAAGUUAACCGAGUUCGAUUUGAAGACUUACUGGACCACCCUUAUUGCAGAAAUCAAUCAGAAGCUUGAAGAAGCAAUCCCAGUGAAGUACCCAGAGCAGAUCUAUGAAGCAAUGAGGUACUCUGUUCUAGCAAAGGGUGCUAAGCGAGCCCCUCCAGUUAUGUGUGUGGCUGCGUAUGAACUUUUUGGUGGUAACAGACUUGCCGCUUUUCCUACUGCUUGUGCUCUUGAAAUGGUUCAUGCUGCUUCGUUAAUUCAUGAUGACCUUCCCUGCAUGGAUGAUGAUCCAGUACGCAGAGGCCAACCAUCAAACCAUACAAUCUAUGGUGUUGACAUGGCAAUCCUUGCUGGUGAUGCACUCUUCCCUCUUGGCUUCCGCCAUAUUGUCUCACACACACCUACUGAAAUUGUUCCUGAGGUCCGCCUCUUGCGAGUGAUUGCUGAGAUUGCCCGCACUGUGGGGUCUACUGGCAUGGCUGCCGGGCAGUUCCUGGACCUCAAAGGUGGCCCCAAUUCUGUUGAUUAUAUUCAAGAAAAAAAAUAUGGUGAAAUGAGCGAGUGCUCUGCUGUGUGUGGGGGAUUGUUGGCUGGUGCUAAAGAUGAUGAGAUAGGAAGUUUGAGGAGGUAUGGGAGAGCUGUUGGUGUCUUGUAUGAAGUGGUGAAUGAUGUUCUGGAGGCAAAAUUGAUGGAAAAUGAAGAAAUGGAGAAGAAUCAAAAGAAAGUUAAAAGUUAUGUGAGUUUGUAUGGGAUUGAGAAAGCGAUGGAGGUGGUAGAGGAGCUUUGGACCAAGGCGAAGAACGAAUUGGAUGGGUUUGACAAGUAUGGUGACAGUGUUGCACCACUAUAUAGCUUCAUAGAUUAUGCUGUUUAUAGAGGCUUCAAUGUUGGUGACUUGAGUUAAUGAUUUUUUUCCUGCAUUCUGCAAUUGAUGAGACGCUUAAAGUUGUGAAUUUACAUUGAUGAUUGUUAGUUGAUCUGGUUAACUUUGGUGGAUAU